CUGCUUGUCAGGGUUAGUGACCUGCUGCUGGCGCCAAACUUUGAGCAACAACUCUCAUUAGUGGUAAAAUUAAAUCGAUGGUACAGCUUUUCGUAAAAAUUCCCGGAGAAAGAGGCGAGUGUCCAGAAUGGGCCAUGAUAGAACUGCAAGGGGAGUUGGAGACCAGACACUCAGUUCCACUCAGCGGAAAGUUAAUAGGAGAUCUACACUUUACUUUUAAAGAUGUACCUGUACUAAUAAUUGGGCAUCAUAUUUUGCAUGGAAAAGUCACUCAGCUGGAGAAGCCAUUGGCAGUUUUAACUAAACAUUUACCACAUCAGCCAAUGGAUGUUGAUAAUGACAUACUUACAGGACAAGAAGUGUCUUGUUCUCAAACUGAAUAUCAUGUUCAGGCUAUUAUUCGGAAGAAGAUCCUCUUUAAGACUAGACCAAAACCAAUUAUUGCAAAUGUACCUAAGAAGCUCUAAUGAAGGCUUUUCAAAAUAAUUUGCUUUAUAGAUUGCUAAUGCAGAGAUUUUUGUAAGGAAAUAUUACAUUUAUUUAAGACAAAUAAUAUUUGUAUUUAGUUUCUUUUUUUAAUGGAAUAUUAUGCAUGAUGGGAUGGGAGAUCACUAAUGAGUUGCACAUAUGCAUUAAUCUUUCACUGCUGAAGCUCUGAGGCAAAAGCUAAAAACUGCUUCAUCCCUUUUCUUUGGAAAGCUUCCGUUGAAACAUAAGCAGAGAUGCAUGUGCCUUUAUGCAUGCUUGUAUAUAAAAAUCUGUUAUAUAGACACAACUGUAUUUUGAAUGUGUCAAAAGAAAUGAGCUAAAAACUGAAUCACUAUGCAGAAAGACACAUAGGGCAAAUGACUUGACUAUGCAGAAAUUUGAAUCAACAGAACAAAGACAUGCUUGGGGGUAAAACCUGUAAAACUCUCAAAUAGCAUUUAAUUUUUUUUAUACUUUAUUCAGAAACUUUCAUUGCUUUAUUAAAGGAUUGAAAGAUUA